ACUUUACCUGACUGCACCAGUCCAGGAAGGCUGGAAGUGAGGGAUGAAGUCUUUAAGCUUUCUUCCUUGGACCCUGCUGACAUUAUUGAUAAUUUUUAGAGAAAACUAUGGAUCUGAUUGUGAUGAAAAAAAUAGACCCAAAAGGAACAUUAAUCAGGCACAGUGAGUACCAUUCUUGACAUUUUGCUUGAAUUCAUACAGAUACAGAAAAGAGUUGUCAUAGGAAUAGAACAAAUUAUGUAGCUUCAUUAAAAAAUUUUACAAGGUAUUCUUCCCUUUGACAUAUCAGGCCUCGUAUGUCAUCCGAAGGAGGCAAUUUAGUCUUCCACACUGGCUCUACCAAGAAUAUUGAGUUCAGAACUGGAUCACAGGGCAGAAUAAAACUUAAUGAAGAAGACCUUGCUGAUGUUUUCAGUCAGAUCCAAAGAAAUAAAGAUGAAAUUCUAGAACUAAAAAGACUCACCAACACACCUCUCAAUCUUUCUAGUGAGAUCAUCCAGCUUCAAACCCAGAUUGUGAAUAUUGAAGACAGACUUGAUAAUCUUGAGCUGACCUUUAAAAAGGCCUGUAAUAGCAACCCUUGCCAGAAUUCUGGAACCUGCAUAAACCUACUAGAUGCUUUCUUUUGUCUUUGUCCCAACAAUUGGCAGGGACCAGAUUGUUCUAUUGAUGUUAAUGAAUGCCAGAUUUAUGAAGGAACAUUCUUAGGAUGCCAGAAUGGAGCAACAUGUAUAAAUAAGCCAGGGAAUUACAGUUGCAUCUGUACACCAGAAACAUACGGACAGUACUGCACAUCAGAAUUUGAUGAUUGUCAAGGAGGAUCCUCUCUUCUUUGUGGGCAUGGGGUUUGUGUGGAUGGAAACAGAGAACAGCACAAUCAGCCUAAUUAUACUUGCAUCUGUGAUGAUGGCUGGAUGUCGCCUCCAGGGAGCCUUGCUUGCAGUGCUGACAUUGAUGAAUGCAGCCUUCCAAACCCACCUUGUUCAGUGAAUCCUCCUGUACGGUGUAUCAACAUGCGAGGCUUUUAUUUUUGCGAUCCAUGUCCAGCAGGCUAUGAAGGCGAUGGGAAAGUAUGCACAUUGAUUAACAUAUGCUCAGUUGACAAUGGGGGCUGCCAUCCACUUGCUGUAUGUAACAACGUAUCAGGCACUGUACCUAAUUGUGUUUGCCCAGAUGGAUACACUGGAAAUGGUUAUGGUUCAAAUGGAUGUUUUGCCCUGAGCACCAUAUGCCAAACAAACAAUCCUUGUGUAAAUGGACAAUGUCUUGAUACAGCCUUUGGCUAUAACUGUGAGUGUGAUCCCGGUUGGAUUGGUAUCAACUGUUCAGAAAAAAUUGAAUGCGGUAAAGAACUGACCACUACGUAUGGGACAAUUAAUUCACCUGGCUAUCCUGGCAACUACCCUCCCAACAGAGAUUGUUAUUGGAUCGUUUCAACUAAUCCUGGUCUUCUUAUUACGUUUGCUUUUGGCUUGUUGAGUCUUGAACAUCAUGAUAACUGUACCCAAGAUUAUCUUGAGAUUCGAGAUGGCCUUCUCUCACAAGAUCCCCUCCUUGGGAAAUAUUGCAGUAUUGGGUUACCACCUCCUCUUCAAACCACUGGUCCAUAUGCUUGGAUACAUUUUCAUUCCAAUGGUUUUGAUAACAAUAGAGGAUUCCAUAUCACAUAUAUAACAUCACCCGUAGAUCCUAACUGUGGAGGAAAUUAUACAGAUAGUAGUGGGGCCAUCAUGUCUCCCUACUGGCCCAAUUCUUAUCUGAACAACAGACAAUGUAUUUAUAUCAUUCGUCAGACACCCAAUGAAAAAAUAUACUUGAAUUUCACACACCUAGAGCUGGAAAGACAUCCUAACUGUUCCCAGAACUAUAUUGAGUGUGAUUGUCCUUCACAGCUGAACACAAUUCUGAGAACAGCUGUUGCUGCUUUAAAGAAUGAUACAUGUUCACAUGAAUAUACGACAGCCUCUGGUAUGUUAACAUCACCAAACUAUCCAAAUAACUAUCCAGACAAAAUGGUAUGCAUAUACAAGAUCCAUGUGGCAAAGAACAAACAAAUUGCUUUGAAUUUCACCUAUUUCUCUUUGGAGGAGGACUUCACGUGUCGGCAUGAUUAUCUUGAAAUUAGAAAUGGAGGUUAUGAAACAUCUCCUUUGCUUGGGAAGUAUUGUGGCUCCUCAUUGCCUCCUGUUACCAUUUCCCAUGGUAAUACCCUGUGGAUAAAGUUUGUGAGUGAUACACUUUCAACAAGUACUGGCUUCUCAGCUUAUUGGGAUGGAACAUUAACAGGUUGUGGUGCAAUCCUUACAAGUUCUUCUGGAACAUUCAUGUCUCCCAACUACCCUAUGCCCUAUUACCAAAAUAUGAAAUGUUACUGGCUGCUGAAGUCAAGUCAUGGAAAUGUGUUGGAAAUCUAUUUUGAUCAGUUCCAUUUAGAGUCUCAUCCAUCCUGUUACUUUGAUUAUCUUGCUGUGUAUGAUGGCAGCAAUAGCAACAGUACCAUGUUAGGCAAGUUUUGUGGUAAUCAGAUCCCACCCACAAUACGUUCUACUGGCAAUACUAUGUAUAUAAAUCUAAAUACAGGCUACUCUUCAAAUGGAAGAGGUUUCCUUGCUCAUUUUAAGCAAGUUUGCCAGGGAAUAAUAAUUGCCAACCAUUCCCAAGGCAUUUUGGAGAGUUUGGACUAUCCUAACAACUAUCCUCCAGGUGUAUAUUGCAACUGGACCAUCCAAACUACAACUGGUAACACCCUGAACUACAGUUUCCAAGCACUUAGCACAAAAGGUGGUGACAGAUGUAAACGUGACCAUUUAAAGCUUUUUGAUGGCCCUAAUACUCAGUCCACUUUGAUUGGCACAUUUUGUGGAGAUAGUAUUCUCCCAUCUGGAGUUACCACGAAUUCCAGUCUUCAUGUGGUGUUUUUUUCUGAUCAAAUAGAUGAGUCUACUGGAUUUCAGAUGCUAUGGAAAGUAAAUGCAGAAAGAGGAAACUUGAGAGUUCACAAGCUUGAUACUAUAUGGAACAAAACUGUGACUGAAUCUGGAUAUUCUGCUUCAGAUACCACAAAGCUCCUCCCAGAAAGUAAAGGUCGUGAAGAGGAUGUAUAGCAUCUCAGACAAUACUGUGGAUUCUGGUCAAGCAUCGCUUAUAUGCUAUGUCCUGGAUAGAAAGAAGUGAACUACCAAUAAACUUUUCUGCCAUCCUCACCACUCUCUCCACUGCCUUCCUGUCCGAAGCAGUAAUGCUUCCAAACCAGACUGUUAUGCAAUUUGAC